AUGUCAUCUUCAACAUCUGAUUCAUCUUUAAAUGUUCCACAAUUAAACACAAUAACCAGUUACAUAUCAUACAUUCAACAAAAAAAUAUUUUAACAAAAGAGCGUUUUCGUACAAUACGUCGAUAUUUCUUUCAAUCAAUUGGACUUUAUGUUCUUCUAUAUUAUUUGUUUCGUUUAUUAAUAACAUUUUAUUUCCUCCUUAAAUCUAUACUAAACUUAACAUUUCAAAUGCUUUCAAUAGGUGUUUUCCUUCCAUUUAAAUUUAUUGAUUUGUUUUUGCCUAAAACAACUAGUUAUAAUAUUUUAUUUCCAUCAAUAUGGUUUUGCUCAAUUUUAUCAUUUUUUAUUGCAAAAUUAUCGCAUAAAAAUAUUGAAAUUCAUUUUGCAAACCGUUUUAAAUCAAUAAAGCGUUAUUCGUUUACUGCAACAUUUGUCAUACUUCUUCUUUUACAAUCUGUAUUAAUUCUUCUGCCACUUACUCAAUCGAUACAAGAACAAAGGAAAUUAUCUUUGAAUUCAACUCCAAUCAAACAGCCGGGAAUCAAUUUAGCUGAAAAAAAACUUGUUGAAGCUAAUACUGAAGCAAAUACUCCUAGGAAAAAUUUCGAACCUCUCAAAAGAGAAUUACACGAUCAUCAACGCGAAGAACUUUCAUCAAUUAAUAAUGAUGUAAAAACAAACCAAAGCUCAAGAAGUUCCAAUGAAAAAGAGCUGUUUGAUUCUCGUGGAACAAAUUCAGAAUUGGAAUCAAAUGUUGAAGAUGGCUAUUCCUACUCAAAAGAUUUUGUUAAUCAAGACAAGAACACGGCAGACCAGUUAACUAUUCAGUCGCGAGAUAAACUUUCCCUAGGUAAAGAACGAAGUAUAUUGUUACAAGAGCAAGCAAACUAUUUUGUAGAUUCUGAUGAAGAAUUCAGUUCGAAAGUCCUCGAAAAAUUAUCUCAAAUUAACCAAGCAAAUAUUGAGCAGAUUGAAGAAAUUCUAUCAGAUAAAACAAAAGAAGAAAAGACAAAACUAUCCGUUAAUUUUAAAUCUGAACAACAAAGAACUGAAAUAUGGCGUGAAAAAAUCAAUAAUUGGCUUAGUGAAGCUUGGAAUAUUUGGUAUCAAACUAAACUAGAUUUUCAACAUAUUUUCCCCCUAAGAGCUAAACACACACAUAUUUUAUCUCGGCAUGAUGUUAGCUCAUCUUAUCUAGCUUACACAGAUCUUAAUUGUUAUGAUUAUACACAACCAAUUUAUCAUUCUCGUUUAUCUAAGCAAAAACAUGUUGAUUUUCUCAAUACAUACCGUUACAGUUCACCAUUUCCUAUUUACAUAUCAAUACUAAAAUCGAAUGGGCCUCAGUGUUAUCGUGAUUAUCCGAAUUCUUUGUGUGCAAUUAAUUCAAAUUCAUUUUUCUUAACUUCAAAUAUGAAAUUGUAUCGCAAACUGCAAUUUUUAAUUAUGUUUAGCACACCAAUUAUUAUCUUCAUAGUUAUCAUUAAAAUUAUAACUUACCGAACACAACAGAGAAAAUGUACACCCUCGUUCAAUGUAAACCCACCGACUGUAGUGAAUACAACAAAAUAUUCAUCAUCACAAAAAACAACGUCGAAUAAAUUAAACACUAUGCGUCCAUUAGAUGUUAAACUUGAGAGAGAAUUACGAUCAUGGCUUGAACAUGAACAAAACGAUGGCUACCAAAAACUGAGUGAAGCAUGUCGGAUAGCACUCAAUAACACAUUUUCAAAAAAUAAAGAACAACUCAAUAUAGAAACAUUACAAUUUGCUAAUGCAAAUAUUCAUGAUAUUUCUCAAACAGCGUUUGAAACCAUUAUUAUUAAAGCAUCACUCGACAUUGUUCAUUUAAUUUUUAAUAUCAUAAAUCCAAUUAAAUAUCAACAUUAUUCCAUUGAAAUACCGAAAUUAACCGGUGAACUGCAGAUUUCCGUCACUAGUUCUACGAAUCAAUAUUCUAUUGAAGUCAAAUUUAAGCAAAUUCAAAUUGAUAAUGCUGACAUUAUUGAUCCGAAAAAUGUCUUGUCAUCUGAUGAAAAACAAGAAAUUAUUAAAUUACUGAAAGAAACAAUCAAGCAAACUAUUGUUCAAUGUUGCUGUCAUCUGUUCGACAGUCAAGAAAAUAAUAUUCAUGAAUCAAAAACGCAGCGAUCUAUCACACCACUUCGACCUGAACCUUCAAAUACCAAUCCACAAUGUGAAACUCCUGUUCUAUCAUUAAACAGUAACAAUAAUCAACCAAUAUCUCCGGAAAACGAAGUGAAAAAAUUAGUUGUUCGCAUUGUUAAAGCUGUUAAAUUAUACGAUGUUGAGCAACCAUUUUGUAUUGUUGAAUUAAAUCAGCCCAAGCAAACGCAUCAAACGAGUAUUGCAAAAAAUGGUGUUAAUCCAUUUUGGGAUGAAUGCUUUGUAUUCGACAGCAAUAAUAAAAGUAAUCAAAUACGUUUAAAAAUCAUCGAUCGCAAAAAGCCGAAUAAAAAACACAGCACUCCUAUAAUUGAUACAGUCUAUGCUGACGUGGCAAUACCAUUUUCAUAUGUGACAAGUCAAAGUUAUAAACAAGAUGUACGAAUAACACCACAACAUCCUGAUUCGAUCAUUCGCAUUGAGGUAAACAUUUUAUAUCAUUGUUCGCACUAG